CCCCAGCGCUCAGCCAGCUGGAAGGGUCCGGUCAGUGGCCUUCUGUCUGGGCUGUUGGGAUAGCGACAGGCGACCCUCUCUGCUCUCUUUGUUUUGUAUUUAUCCGGCAUUUAAAUGGAUACCCUGAAGAAAGACGAAGAUUCUGAGGAAGUGGAAAUUGAUCUUGAGGAUUCCAGUGACCCUGAAGAGUCUGAAGAUGGGGAGGAACCGCAGACGUUAUGGAGAGCCCAACCCUCUCUGGAUGAGGAGGAAAACAUUCAUACAUCCACUCUGGUGGAAAUCAGUGAUACAAAACCACUGAUAACUUCAAGGGAUGCCCGAGGUGUCAAUAACUGCCUCAAGGUAGGGUUUGAGGAUGUGAUAGCUGAGCCGCCAUCAGUGCGUAGCGGGGACAGAGUUUGGAUCUGGAGCAAUGCUCUCUUUGAAGUGUCCAGGGUCUGGAUUUACAGGAUAGUCACCGCUUUUCUGGCCCUUCCCAUGUCAGCUAUCUCUGGUCUUUUGUUUGGCCUCCUCAGCUGCUUCCACAUUUGGAUGAUUCGUCCCUGUAUUCAUUGUGUCCUCAUCGGUAAUCGCUGGAUACAGGGCUUCUGGGACAUUAUGCUGCAAGUUGUUGUGGUCCCAUUCCUAACAAGUGCAGGAAAAUGUUGCGGAAGUUUAGGUAUACACCUGGCCAAAGAAUGACCCAAGAGACAGACUGGACAUGUUGAUGAUGUGGACAAAGUUCUGUUUAUGUGGACUGAAACAUAAGCAGUACCGACUUUUGACUGUUUAAUAAAAAUAGUAUAUACUGUGCCUGGAAAAAGUAUUCAUACCCCUUGAACUUUUUCUUACUUUGUCUUAUUACAACAACAUACUUCAAUGAAUUUAAUCAGGAUUUUGUGCUGCAGAGCAUUUUUUGUAAUACAUAUCUGAAAAGUGUGGUGUGUGUAUUUAGACUUACAGUAUGAGUCAAUAGUUUGUACAAUCACCUCCAGCUAAAAUCCUAGCUGGCAAGUCUAGGUUGAUACAUCUCUUUUCUUAUUUUCCCAUUCACUCUGACCAGCUUCCCUGUCCCUACUUAAGCAGAGCAUCCCUACCACAUGAUGCUGCCACCACCUUGGUGAUGGUAUGCUUUGGGUGAGGUACAAUUUUAGUUUUCUCUCAUAUUGUGGCCAUUAAGAUCCAUUUUUGGUCUCAUAUGGCCCAAAUCCAGUCUCCUAAUUUUUUCUGUGUCACCUACAUGGCUUGUUGCAACCUGCAAACAUUUCUUCCUUUGAUUUUCUUAUUGCCACUCUUCCAUAAAGGCAUGAUAUGUAGAGUGCAAACCAACUUGUUUACCUGUCAGCCAAUUCUCCUACCCGUGAUCUGGUUCUCUGCAGCUCCUCCAGAGUCACUAAUGACUUUAAAGUCUCCAGCAACUUAAUCCAUGAGUUCCUGAGGAUGUUUGUUCACUAACUUAAAGAACCAUUUGAGGCCUUUCUAGAUCAUCAGCAUUAUAUCACACACACACAGGUGGAGUAUUUAGAUUAGACUUCUGAAGAAGUUAGUUGCACAUGAUUUCAUUUAGAAGUGUCAGAGUAAAGGGGGUUGUGUAAAGAUGUACUCAGCACUUUUUCAGAUUUUAUUUGUUAAAACAUAGCUUGGAACUUGUAAAUGGCUUUUACUUACAUUUUAAACUAUGUUAAGCAUAAAUGACAUACAAUCUCAAUAAGAUUAAUUAAGUGGAGUUCAUGUGACAAAAUAUAAAAAAGUUCAAAGGAUAAUAGUUUGGCAAGGCAUUAUACGUUUUUCAGUGAAAUACCUGAGAAUGUGAAAAAUGCUAAUCUUUUUAGACCUUCAUGUAGUUUAUGCACUGAUGUAAUCCCUAAAAAUCAUGCCCACAGUCUGAAAUCAUGUUGAUGACUCUUUGUAUGAGACAGGCUGUACUUUUUCCCAUCUGACAUUAAAGUGGAGGUUCCAGUUAUCACAUUUUUCUAUUUUAAGCAUUUAAACAAUGUUUUUAUUUAACUUUGAUUACAUGAUUGCAUGAGUUACCUCCACCCAAUCUGAAAAAGCUCCCUAUUAUGUUCCUCAUAGGCGAGUUUUUCCACCACAGUUUACCAUCCUUAAGGAUCAUAAUGUUUUGCAGUCAUACUCCAAACAAAGACAGAACAUUGAUGAGAACUAAACAGGAAUUGGUUUCUUCAUUGUGAAAAUAUAUAAAUGACAUCCAGGAUCCUUGAAGAAGCCUGAAUAAAUAGAUUAAAGAUGAUUAUUUUAUCUACAAGAAGCAUUUAGAGCUAGGCAGUAAAUUAUCAGCAUUAAUAUCUUUCUCAGCACUUUCAUGGGAGCCUACACAAUAAAUCUUGGAAUAUAAUGUCAUUUAAUUAGUAUUUUUUCAUUGUC